AUGGCGGAUCCUCAGCCCCUCCCCUUCCCCCCAACCCUCCCCUCCGCCCCAAUCGAAACCCUAACCCGCGUCCUCGACACCCUCUUCGAGCCCUCCGUCCCCCUGCACACCCUCUCCCUCCCCAUCCUGCGCUCGACCCCCUUCCAAUCCUACCCCGACCUCAUCGCCGCGGUCGGCGUCCAGCUGAUCGACCUCCUCGAGUCGAGCUCCACGAGCGACACGGAGUGGCUUGAUAAAAUUUUAGGGGCGCACCCGAGGCUAGGGGAAAAGAAGGUUGAGAGUGCGUUGUCGAGGGGGGAGCAAGCGGCUAUGGAAGCUGCGGAGAAGAGUGGGGGAGGGGUGCAGGGGGAUGGGGGGGAUGGGGAUCAGGAAGAGGUGGGGAGGGAGUUGGCGAGGUUGAAUGGGCAUUAUGAGGAAGUGUUUCCAGGGCUGAGAUAUGUGUAUGCGGACCGCUUUCUGGCUGGAAAGGGGAAACAGGGGGUGUUUGUGAACGGUCGCAGUCGCCAGGUCAUCAUGGAGGACAUGAAGAAGAGGAUUAAGCGAGGUGAUGUUAUGGCGGAGAGGAGGGAGGCGAUUAGGGCUAUGUGCGAGAUCGCUGCUGAUCGAGCCGGAAAGAUUGGCGAGGAGAUAUACACCAGCUAA